GAAGGAGGCAGGUGCCUUUUGAGGGCACCUUCCGCUCUCCUUAAAACCUCACCAAUAUGAGGCAGCAUUCAAAUCUACAACUAUGGAAGCGCACCUGCCAUAUCACGAAUCGAAUUCACUUUCCUUUCCAAGAUGGCAAUCAUCGAUACCCUCCCCGCUGUCAGCGUUUCUGUUCGCCUCAAGAACGCCUACCGAGACGCUGAUGAAUACCCCGAUCCGUAUCCGUACCAUGAGUCUGAGAGAUACAUGAACGAUUACGAGCAGUGUGCCCGCAACUACAUUGAGAGCAAGGAAGGAACCGAGUUCGCGGUUCACAUCAACGUGUUGGACGAUGCCACGAUUGACCCUUGGGUCCAUCAAGACGAUGGUUUAGUUUUCCUUCUCUUCCUCGACGGCCAGUUCAUGGGAAAGCGAUUCUGCUACGAUGAUGACUUCAAGCAUGGAGGCUGGCACUUUGCCUUCAGAGGCAAGAGACAUCCCAACCAGGACAGAAGUGCCAUGAUUCAGAGCAACUUCAAGUUCGAGACGAUCACUGCAGUUGACCAAGACGCUACCGAUGGCGAAUUGAGACUUGCCAAGAAUAUUGGUACAAUCGAGGUUCGCGUCAGACUAGCCAGAUUCGCUGGCGGUCCACGCCGUAAUAGACGUGUCGACUUGGAGAGACCAUUCACGGAGCCGCAGUACAAUAAGUGCGAGAUCUCGGAGGAAGCCAUCAAGGGCCGCCCCAUCUACCAUGGCACUUCCUUCACCGCGCCGGUCAACAAGCGUCUGAGACCUCCCAGCAAUGCCCAUCGAGGAGCCAUUGAGCAGAUUCGCAAAGGCCCCCUCUUUGCGACCUACACAUUCAAAUAUCGCUCGCGAGAUGCACUGAAGAUUGAAGAGAUUCUUCAUCAGUCCCCCAGCCCCGAGCCGGCCCCCGCGCCACUCCCUCGUCAGAGACCGGCCUACUUUGGCAUGUCGGUCCUUCCUAGAUUCGAAGACCUUCAUGACGACGAGGUCGAACGCCUUGCUCGAGAGAGACACCAACAGCUCCAGGUCGAGCAAGCGCAGCCUUCGACUCAGAAGAACAAACGGAGCUAUGACGAGUUCUGUGAUCUUCCAAAGGGCGCGAAUGAGCAGUCAGCUCGUCCUUACAAGUUUAUUAAGCUGGGAAACGGCCAUGACGCUAUUGAUCUCACGGGCGGCUACUAG